AUGCAAUCCUUAGUAAACGCUAAUGAUGUUGAUAUACCUUAUAAGGAUGAAAAUCAAAAUCGAGACAAAAAAGAUAGUAAUAUAGACAGUCCAUUUAUACAUGUACAGUCUUUAGCAUUUGUCAAAUUUGAAAAAAACAUAUUUCAAAGUUUUACGAUAGGUGCAUAUAUCAGUGCGAAUAUUAGCACUGCAAAUCGUAUAUCUAGACAACUUUUAGAGAUUAAUCUUGAUCUAUUCUUAUGUGGAGCAGGACAGAUGCUUAAUGAAAUUUGUGAAGCAUUUCAAGGCAUUAUAGGCUAUUAUCUUGAUUCUAUUUUGAUUAAGGUCUCUCCAAUUUUUUAUAAUGAAGAUGCAAUCAACGUUAUUGAUGUAGCAAAGGCAUAUAUCCCACAGAACAAUAAUGAAGAGAUAUCAAGUAAUGAGACGGGUUUUGACGGCCAAAUAGGUACUACUGGCCUUACAGCAAGCAUCAGCAAAAAAUAUAGUAUCACAAAGACAAGUAAUUAUCAAAUAGAUUGUAAUUUCUGUGCAAAUAAAGGGGUAAGAUGGUCGCAUAGUGCCACAAGAGGAGGAUGGUCGGGCACACACAAGCAUUCAGUUUAUUGGUACAUUAAUGAUAAUUUGAAAGGGUUUCGAGUUACUUUUAUGCAGAAACUAUGUUACGAUCGGAAAUCCACUUUCUUUGGUAAAAUACCAGAAACAAUUAACCAACGACCUAUUCUAAUUCAUAAAGUUAUUAUUUGUUUUAAUGAUUUAACAAAUUUAAACAAAAGCUUUGAAGAAUUAGCCGGAAAGCUCCACAGUAACCAAAUUUGUAUGGAUUUGAAAAGCCAUAAUGGCUCCCCAAUCAACAUUUCUAAUGAAGAAACUAAUUAUAUAAAUUUUAUCCGAACACUUUCACUAGAAAAUGAGAAGGAUGCCAAAAUUCAUUAUGCUUAA